ACGCGUUCAGUUCGUUUCGAUUCGCGCUGGGCUUAGGAUCCGAGCGUCGCCGAGUAAAGUCAAGUAAAGUGAGUUAAGUCGCGUUAAGUCUAACCUACUUAAGCGUGCGCCGCGCGUUCGCAACGUGCGCGUUUUCAGCGAUAAUAUAUUGUCGCCGCAAUUAAUUCGAGCGCGAAACGAUCAUUUUUAAAAAUUAAAACCAAUUAAAGUUUGUGUGUUGAAUUCGUGAUAUCAAAAUAUUUCUGUGCAUCGUGAAAAUAUUCUUCUAAAUUAAAAAAAGUUUAAUUAAAAUUACGAAAAAUCCAAGGUAAUUUAAACUCGGGGGAAGAAAAAACAACAAAAAAUGCGCCGAGUUGGUUUAUUCUUCGUCCUGGGGAUAAUAUUCUUCCUGCAGGCAUGCGUCGACCGUGGCGAGGCGUGCAGUUGUCAGCCACGACAUCCGCAACAACAUUUAUGUUCCGCAGACUUUGUUAUCCUCGCGCGUGUUAAGCGUGAAACGCUGACAAACGAAACGCGCGAGUACAAAAUAAAAAUUCGCAAGGAAUACAAGAUGUCGGAGAAAGCAUACGUCGCCCUUAAAUUCGGUCGCCUUGUGACCGCCCGAGACGACUCAAUGUGUGGCACACGAUUAGAAGUGAACAAAGUCUACGCUAUUAGUGGACGUGUUGUCACAUUGCAGGCACGUAUUGGUCUCUGCGACAUGGCUGAGAAAUGGGACGACCUUACAAGACGCCAACGCAAAGGACUGAAACUCAUGUACAGACAAGGGUGCACAUGCGAAAUUAAAUUUUGUCCGAAAUCGCAAUCUACUCAGAGAGGCCGCUGCGCCAGAACAAAAGACGCCUGCAACUGGGACACGUGGUUGCCAGAUAAAAAGAAGGAUUGUCAACGGAAUGAAGGAAUUUGUUUGCGCAACUCCAAGAAACAAUGUAUAUGGUCCCGUAAUUUGGCACUGACAACAUGCACACGUAAUUCCACCGUAAUGCACUACGAACCGAAGGCGGUGCCAACAGCUACCGCAGUGGAACAUCCCACAGCUUUACAAGCACAGCAAUCGCAGCAUCAAUAUGUACGCAAGAAGUGGACAUGGCCCAAAAAGGCGUACUCACCAUUUCGCGAUGAUCCGGAUAGAAGGUCUGGUCAAUGAGCGGGAACGCUUCCUUGCCGAGACGACGCUGCAGCUGCACAAGAUGGCCGAACACCCACGGCUUAUCCUGUGAAUCACAUAACCAAACAUUACAGAUUUAUCUAGUAGCCACCUGCAGCGCCAUCAAUACACGAAUAGCCUAACUGUUGAGGUAUUAAACCAAAAAUUUACAACUAAAAACAAAAAUAUUGUACAUAGACUGAUAUACAAUGUGUUUAGUUGCGUAGUUAGGAAUUAAUCGUUUAAUCAAUGAUAGUAUUAUAUUGUGUAGUUGUAAUUAUUAGUGUGUAGUGACAGUUUUCGCAUUUUAACUGUAUUUAUUGUCGCGCCUAAGUAACACUAAGUAUUUUUAUGUUUUAUAUGUAGGGUUAAUGUGGUUGUUACGUGCGAGCGAUCAAACUGGCGACUCACCUGGAAGUUGUAGAUGGCGUUUAUGUUGUUAAUGCUUGGUACACCGCCGAAUUUCAACGCCAGCAGUAGCUUCUUGUAAUCUUCGCCGGCGUCCUUCAGAUUUUGUCUAACCUAUAAUAACAAUUACAAAACUAGUGACGCCAUCUGUCGGUGAAGCGCAUGUGUAAAUUAUGUUCUAAUGUUGUAAUAAACUUUGUUAAAUGUU